AUGGUUACUAGGAUGAUUGAGCUGGAUGGCGUCCCCUGGAGGGAUGAUGAUGAGAUACCACCACCCUCAGCUGACGACGACAAGGAAGAUGUUAUUCCUUGGGGUGGAUGGGUACAUGAGAGGGCCCCUUCUAGACGCCGAUCUCGAGCCAGAGCAGUGAUAGAGGGAGCUAGACCCCCUUCAGCACCAGCAGGACCUUCUUCUUCAGCAGCAGCAGCACCUACACCACCCCCACCAGCACCCGAGCCGACCUAUCUUCUGGGCAUUGAGCUACCCCAUCUACCAGAGUCCUCCGGUUCCGAUGAGGUGACCCGUGAGGAGGAGCACGCAGAGGCACAUGAGGAGGAGCUAGUCCACAUGGAGGCACCACCACAGACCCAGGAGACACAAGAGCCUCAGCCUCAGCCUCAGCCAGAGCCAGAGCCGACCGGUGUACUUCUCCCUGAGCCUGAGGAUUAG